CCGCCCGCCUUCCACCUCAAGGCGCCUUAACGUGAUUGGCUCGCUCGAGGAGGGGGCUUACUCUGGAAAGCCUUCUCUAGAGCUCGGAAGUUGAUUGGCUGAAGGGAAGGUCGCGCCUCGUUGUGGUCUUUCUCGUCGGGCCGUGUUGUGUGAGGAGAGCGGGGGGGUAGAGCUUUGGUUUCACACGCCUCUCGGAAACCCUUUUCACGUCCGCCUCGGUCCCUUCAGGGCCACCCCUUCUAAGGGUGCUCGCCAGGUUUCUAUUAUUUCUGAGAUGGUCCAUGCUACUUCUGGCUUUCUGGUUGAAGAUGAGAGAUGGUACAUCCAUUGCACUGGCUUAAGUAUAUGCAACUGCCAAAAUGCCUGUUAGGAGGCGGGAAGGACAGCUGGAAAAAUGUAUAGAUGAUGCUACAAGAAAAAAUGACUUCCAAGCAUUGGAACAGUUCUUGGAAACUGAUUUUUCUGGUGGUAUUUCUCACAAAUGCAGCAAACAGUUUCUCAACAAAUUAGACAGACUUAUAUGCCAGGGACUUGACAAUGAAGAAGUCAAGAAUGUUUCCACUUUGUUGAAUACUCUUCAGAAACAAGGCAGAAAUAUCAGCAUAUUAGGUGAAAUUGGGUUCUCAGCAAUGAUAGAAUAUGGUCUUGUUCAAAAGAUGGUUAAUUGGUUUGAAAAGGCCAAAGGAAUUGUCCAAAAUACAGUAACUGGAAAAAACCACAAAUUUACCACUUUGUUUGAAGACUUCUUUGAUGUCCUGAUGAUAGUACAUGAUACCAGCAGUGAAGGUAAAAUACAAAUACUGGAUAAUUUUAUUUUGAGAACAUGUACUCUUGCUGGUGAUAAAAGAAUUAACAUUUAUAUUCAGCAAGAGAAGCUGAUGAGAGUGGUCAUUAGGAGAUUUGAGGCAGUAAGAAAAUUGAACACAAUGCUUGAUUCUAUGCCUCGGGAUACUAGAAAGAAAAUUAUUUCUACUGAGGAAAUGCAAGAUGUCAUGAAUGAUAUGGGGAAAAGAAUUUUGGAAGCUGGGGACUAUGACCUCCAAGUUGCCAUUACAGAAGCUUUAUGCAGAAUGACAUCAGAAAAACAAAGAAGAGAACUGGCCAGCCAGUGGUUUUCAAUGGAGUUUGUUAGUAAUGCAUUUAAAGGAAUUAAUGAUUCUGAGUUUGAAACAGAUUGCAGAAAGUUUCUUAACCAAGUGAAUGGCAUGCUUGGAGACAAAAGAAGGGUUUUUACCUAUCCUUGUUUAUCAGCUAUACUUGGUCAGUAUGAGCUACAGAUACCAGCAGAUGACAAUCUUGAAGAAUUUUGGAUUGAUUUUAACAUUGGUAGCAGAAGCAUAUCCUUCUAUGUUGCUGCAGAUGAUGAUGGACAUCAGUGGGAAACUGUGUGCAUUCCUGAAGAUGAAGUCAAAACAUGCAUUAUUGAAGAAAAAGACAGAAAGAAGUUGUUGAUAAUACAUCUAAACAGUCCAAUGACUGUGGGUAUCCAAGAAGGGGAGAAAAUAAUACUGCAUUUUGAUUCUGCAUUGGAAAUUGUGGAUGCAGUCAGGAAACUUUAUGGCGCAAAUAAAUGUCAGGGAUUUACAAAGAAGAGUACUAUGUCAGUUGCCAAAACAACAGUACAUGUUAUUUUUGAUGAAAGUGGAUCACAGGUUCUUGUACCGGAAAGUCAGAUAUCAUCUUUGGAAGAAAAAUCCUCUAUACCAUUGGAAGAAAAGGGUAGUUAUUCCCUACCACAUCAAUAUUUUCAGAUACAGAAAAAUCCAAAUCAAAAACUUAAUAAGGUGGACUUCCAAACAGUUCAAUCCAAGAUUACCCCAGGUAAAAGGAAAGUGUCUGAGGCAUCAGUGAUUGUGCCAUCCACUGCCAGAUUGUCUAUGCGAAGUCCAUUACCGUCAGUUAAUACUUCAACUCCACGAAAAGGCAGAGUGAAGACAGCUCUUCAAAUGAUGAGUUCUGUGGGAAGAACUGAUAUUUUCUCAAUACCGGAAAGAACAAUCAAUUUUGAUCAAGAAGAUGAUUAUGUGCCUGUAUCUUCUGUUACCAAGUAUCUAAGAAAAAAUAAUUCUGCUGAAGAAAAGCAAGUUCCAAUUCAAAAUGUUUUUGACAUGCUUCGCAAUGAGGAAGAUUUAGACAUCAGUGAAAAACAAAAAACAGAUGAAUUAAUAGAUAUUGUUCCUGAUUCUCAGCCAGCAGACAAAAGUGACAAAUCAUUAUUACCUGGCAUUCUGGAAUAUUCUGUUGGAGAAACUAAAACCCAGAAAAAACAGAUGUGUUGGGUACCUGAGAAGAUAAUAUCACAUUGUAACAAGCAGAAUAUUAGUGCAUUGGGAAGUACAUUCUAUAAAGCUCCUAAUUCAUGUAGUAGAGCUGCCAAGCAAAGAGCUUUCACAUCAAUAUUUGAAAUGCCUUCUCCAGACUUGAGAAACAAACAGCAUUGUAAAGAAGAAAUCGUGGAGCAACAGCACAAUGAAACCAAUAAAAUACCAGUAAAGACUGGCAAGAUAAACAGCACAGAGUCACGAAACAGUUUUCAUCAUUUAGAUGAGAAAAUAUCAGAAGAUAGCAACAUAAAGAUUGUUCCUAGUAAACAUGAAAUAUCACUUAAUGCAACCAGAAUGAAUGACAGUAUAGUAAAUUCAAGACACUCGAAAUUAGUUAUGGAAACCAAUGAUGAUGCUAGCUUUGAUGUUUCUUCUGGAAAAGAAGCUGCUGAUAAGGAAACUGAUCAGACAGAAAAACCAAAAGAAAUGGUUGAAGCUGCAGAAAUGUUAAUAAGUAAAAUCAGCAACAGAUACAAAGAAAUGGAUGGAGCUAAAAGUACAAGAAAACUGUGCCAGUCAUUUGCUAACAGGAGCACAUCUUCAAAUAAAUCUGGUUUCGGUGUUAGUAAGAAAAAACCUCAGAACAGAAGUUCUAAAGAUUUAAAAACUACUCUGCUUAAUAUAACUACUGGGCACCUUACGGAUGAUGUCUACAACUUUAAUCUAAGUGGAUUUGAUGAACCUACAAUAAAGCUUGGAAUCCAAGAAUUUCAUAUAACUAAACUGGAAGCUACUACAGAUCUUCCAAAGAAAAUGAAUCAUGGAAAUAAAGGGAAAAGUACAACUGAAAAGAAACAAGAUAAGAAGAACAGAACUAAUAAAAGCAAGAAGCACCUUUUUAGUGACACAGACACAGAAUGUAGAGGCAGUGACACCAAGACUGAUAUUAGCUGGUUAAGAGAAUCAAAUAGAAAACUUAAACCUCAAUUGAUAGACUAUAGCAGAACCAAAAAACAGAAGAAGUCUAAAACUCUGGACGCAGAUAAGUCUCCUAUAUUACCAAGCAUGAGGGAAAUAUCUCAACAAAAGAAAACCAUAAAGAAUAAGGUAUCUGUUUCUACAAAUCAAAGUGACAAUGAUGCUGGGGGGAAAACACAAGCAGUCAGAUCAAAACAACCCAGAAAAGUGGCACUAGCCAAAAUAUGUUAUAAAGAACUCUCAAAUUCAGAGGCUGAAAGUGAAGAGGAAUGUUCAACGCACUUAACUAAGAAAGACAUUUUAAAAGACCAUCCAGAACACAAAAGUAUGAAAAGCAAAGCUUUUAAUAAGCCAAAGGCACAACAGUGUAUUGUUUCUAGUGAGACAACCAAAGUAAAAAUGGUAAACCAACCAAAAAAGCCCACUAAGUCAAAAGAUGAUGUGCCAAAAAAACAAAUGGAGUUAUCACCAUUGCCUUCAUCUGAGAGUCUACCUUCUUUGGAGAUAAUGAGAAGCUGUGAGAAGGAUACAGAGGAAGAAUCUACUGAAGAAAAUAUUUCAGUGAGAAGAUCAUCUUUAUCUCCCUUUAUUCAAGAGUUAACACCUGAAAAGGAAUCUUUCGACAACAUCCAAAACAUGUCUGCUUUAGUGAAAAUGAAUAAAUUAAUGCAGCUUUCUGAAAAGGGCAAAGCAAAGACAUUUGAAACUGAAGACUUGUCACCUGUUUUAAGUCCAAUUCCUUUGUCGAACCUUAGUCCUUUCACUACAAGAACAAAAAUCAUUAGUGACCAAGAUGCAGAUGUUGCUAAGUAUCCAGAGAAAAAAUAUGGUCCUGAUGAAGCAGCUAGCAUAAAAAAUUACCCUUCAAACAGAUCAUCUGAUGUAGAACUGAAAGAUCUUUCUGAAAGCCUCAUGAAAAAUGGAAAAGAGGGUUCUGAAUCGCCAUCUCAAUUAUCCACACCAAGCAGAAGCAAAGAAGAACUAUGGCAUGAGGAACCUCUUGCUCACAUACAUGAAUCUGGACCUACAGUACAUCCUAAUUUCAAACGAUUGUACCGGGAGGGUACAGAAAGUGAUUCUGAUGAAGAAGAAAUUAGAAGAGAGGAAAGAAGAAGAAAGCUGCUCCCUAGAAAGUUAUUUAGAGGAGAUAAUGGCACUUAUAAAGUUUCUGAAAGCAUGUCUACUUUGUCCAUUAAUGAUACAUCUGUAUUGGAUGGAGAAAGCUGGGAUGCUGACCCUUCAAGUGUAGGGAUUAUUUGUCAGAAGGUUCAUAAGGAGUUUGCCAGGAAAAUACAGAGUCGCUCAAAAAGAAUGGACAGUUUUACACAGCAGUCAUUGAAAACAGCUCACCAGCGUAUGAAUGCAAUGAGUAGUGAGUUACAUAAGUGCAGGACCAAACAGCUGGAACAUCUUCAUUCCUGCCUUAUCGAAGAGCUUGAAUGUUUUGAAAAAGAUUCACAGGCUUUGAGAAAUAUGGAAAAAGACUUCUCAAACUUUUCAAAGAAGCAUUCUGAAACAUUUAGCACUUACAAGAAAAAUGAGCAACAGAGAUUUCAGAAUCUUAAGACUUCAUUUGAAAAGAACAUUUACCAUACUGCUGACAUGGAGGAAAACAUUUUCACAUCUGAGAUGCAACUAAUGAAAGAAGGCAUGAAGGGACUUCAAGAAAAAUUUCUUAAGGAAAUGCAUGAAGAAGAAUUGCAUAAUGUUCGCAAAGGACUACAGUCACUCUUUGUGGCAGAAGAUGGAAAAUUCUAACAUAGUUUAUGAUGUAAACACAACUAAUUGAAGGAGUACAUGUUUGUAUUGCAUUUUGGUAAUGUGAGUGACCCAUCAUUUCUGUAACGGGACAUCUCUCAGUCAAUUGGAUCUAAUUAUAGAGAGCAAGCAAUUUUCAUGAACGUGCUCUUUAUUAUUGUAAUUUAUGUAUAUAAAGUAUUUUUAUGUUAAAAGGUGUUUGUAUUUUGCUAGAUGUGGUAGGAUCUAAUAUGUAAAUGUUUUGUUUUUAAACCUUAUGUUUUAAAAGGAAUUCCAAUAAGUGAGGUAUAUUUCUAAGAUACGAUGGCCAGCUAAAUUUAGUCAUAAUUUCACCCUGGGUUUCCAUAGGAUUUAAUCAUGGCUAAUUUUAAAGAACUGGCACCAUUCUAAAUUCUAAAGUAAAUUAACUAUACUAUUUUUUUUUAAAAAAACUUGCCAUAUGAUGAGCAAAGAAAUUAGGUCUUUGGAUAUGUUAAUAAUCUUACCAUUGAAAAUAGCAGCAAACAUAUUGUACACAUUGUGAAAUGCAGGCUGUAAUUAGAAAUUCUUUAGCAAUUAAAGGGAAAUUAAAUGCUGUUCAUAAAAGUUUCAUCCAAGUUAUUUGGAGUAUUAGCUUUCAACUGGAAUUCCUUAUUGUCCAAACAUUUUUAAAUGUGUUCCUUAACUGUUUUGGGAAUGUAUAUUUGAAAUUACAAAAAUAUACAUUUUAGAUUAAAAAAAUUUUUUACAAAAUAUUUACGCU